AUGCAGCGGGCCAACGAUGAGCCUGUGCAAGAAUCAGAAGCAAAACGGAACUAUGAGAGUGACCCUCGACCUGGACAGGAGAUCGGACCCUACAAGAAGGCCCUGCAUGAUAAUGAUGGACUGUUCUCAACCAUCUACAAGUCCAAAGAUUCUGAUGGCAAUCUCGUGGCUUUAAAGGUCACCGUUCCGCAAAUGAUGGAACCGCCACAUGAUUCAGUGCGCGAAGCAAGAAUACUACGCCGCAGCGCAAGUGCCAAUGUGAUUCCGCUGCUGGACACUUUGCACGAACCGGGUCAGCGAUUUGUUCUUAUAUUUCCAUACAUGCACUGUCAAUUGGGCGAGCUGCUGCAGCAGAAUCAGCUCUCAGAGAAAGAGAUCCAGUCCCAUUUGCGUGACAUGUUUCGCGGAUUGGACCAUGUACACUCACUAGGUGUUAUACAUCGUGACGUUAAACCGUCAAAUAUCCUACUCCGCGGACCGUUGGGCCCGGCAUAUCUGGCCGACUUUGGCAUCGCUUGGGACCCAGAGGAUGUGGUUUCUGAACCAGCUAGCGAGAAGAUAACUGAUGUUGGAACAACAUGCUAUCGGCCACCUGAGAUACUGUUUGGAGCGAAGGAUUAUGACACCAGCCUUGAUCUGUGGGCUGCUGGAUGUGUUGUCGCUGAGGCUAUCAGCCUGUCAGGCCAUCCGACGUUAUUCGACGCUGGCGAGCUCGGCAGUGAGCUGGCGUUAAUACAUUCCAUUUUUACCACCCUGGGAACACCGAGCCUUGAGUCUUGGCCGUCUGCGAAAAAGUUGCCUGAUUGGGGGAAAAUCGAAUUUAAGCAGUAUCCUGCAAAACCGUGGGAGGAAAUCCUGAGCCAGGCACCGCCCGCCGGCCGAGACCUGGUGCGGCAGUUGGUCAGAGACUCUGGGGCUUAG